UUGGCGUUGGACGGUUAGAUGUCAAUCAGAGUGGCGUGCACCCGAAAAGGAUCAUGUUUAGGCUCUGAGUUUUGAAAUGGCGCGUUCAACUUCUUCACCUUCGCGGUCGCUGGCCGAACGUCGGAUAGACGACGAUGUGGACGACGAAUCCUCAGCCCUCCUACCCGUAACUUCCCCUCCGUCGCCGUCGACCCUUCGACGUGGCCACGGCAUUCAGUUCACCGGAUUAGAUCGACCCUCGAGACGCUCACAGGACAUGGGCGAGAGAUCGAGCCUCCUAGGUGGCGAUCAUACACAACGCUCCUAUACCACGAUACCGUCUUCGACGCGGCCGGAUGCUUUCUUCAGGCAUAACAGUGCGGCUGGAAGUGUUCGGAUGUCGAAAAAUCAUAGCCGUGCAAACUCCCAAGCUACAAAAUUUGGCCCUAAUGGUGCGGUUGAAUGGUCCAACAGCCCUCUUUCACAGGAGGAGACCCGAUUUUCAGACAAUCGGGUUUGGUACGAUCAGUUUACGUCCACUGACUGGGUCCAUGAUACCAUCGCCGACGGAAUACGUCUCCGCGAGCUGAGAAGCCGAAGGGAUAUCCGUGGUCGAUUUUUGGCUUGGCUGGACGGUGCCCAAGGAUGGAUUCUCGUCGCUGUCAUUGGUAUCGUGACCGCUUGUUUUGCAUACUUCGUGGAUGUGACCGAAAGGGCUCUAUAUGACCUGAAGGAAGGCUUUUGCACAGACAACUGGUUCUCCAGUAAGCAUCACUGCUGUCUUGGCGAAGAUGACUGCUCAUCUUGGAGUACGUGGGCCGAUAUAUUCCGGCUUCCAAAAGCAGAAAAUGCUUGGGUAGACUUUCUUGCCUUCGUCGCCUGGGCUGUUAUUCUGGCUACUGCAUCCUGCCUUCUUACUCUUCUCACCAAGACAGUUGUUCCAUCUUCAAUUUCGCUCUCCACACUUGACGAAGAUUUGGCUGCAGGAGGAGCUGGUUCUUCAGCGGAUGUUUUCAGCCGAAAUGACGGCAAAGCUGGCUCAGAUGCUAGCGUAACCGAUUUUGAAGAAUCUGCACCGCCAAUGGUCUACUAUUCCGCGGCAGGCAGUGGAGUUGCAGAGGUCAAAGUCAUUCUUAGUGGCUUUGUUAUUCAUGGUUAUCUUGGAAUGAAAACAUUAAUCAUAAAGACUCUAGCCCUGGUUCUUAGCGUUGCAUCUGGUUUGAGUGUUGGCAAGGAAGGUCCUUAUGUGCAUAUUGCCACUGCUAUUGGCAAUAUUUGUUGUCGGAUAUUUUCAAAGUAUCAGCAUAAUGACGGCAAACGGCGUGAAGUUUUGAGCGCGAGUGCCGCCAGUGGUGUUGGUGUUGCUUUUGGAGCUCCAAUUGGAGGCGUUCUAUUCAGUUUGGAGGAAGUUAGCUAUUAUUUCCCUCCUAAGACCCUUUUUCGAACAUUUUUCUGCUGUAUUGUUGCCGCCCUCUCCCUAAAAUUUUUAAACCCAUACGGUACCGGAAAGAUUGUAUUGUUUCAAGUACACUACGUCUCAGACUGGGAAAUAUUUGAAGUUGCAUUGUUUAUGAUUCUUGGUGCGCUUGGUGGAGCUGCGGGAGCGCUCUUUAUCAAAGCAUCAAAAAUUUGGGCUCAGUCAUUUCGAAAGAUUCCAGCUAUCAAGCGAUGGCCAAUGCUGGAAGUAAUUCUAGUCGCGUUAUUAACCGGUAUUAUGAGUUGGUGGAACCGAUAUACGAAAUUGGCAGUAUCUGAGCUCCUUUUCGAGCUCGCAAGUCCCUGCGAUUACGCCCAGGCAAGCAAUACAGGGUUAUGUCCGACGAAGGAAGAAAUCCCACAAGUAAUUCGCUACCUUAUUAUCGCCUUUGUUAUCAAGGCCUUCCUGACGAUUGUGACGUUUGGCAUUAAGGUACCAGCUGGUAUCUAUGUGCCGUCAAUGGUUGUCGGAGGGAUGAUGGGCAGGAUCGUGGGCCACAUUGCCCAAUAUUUUGUUGUUCACUAUCCAAAUUUCUUCCUUUUUGGAAGCUGCCCAAGCUCUCGAGGCCCUCUAGCGUGCGUUAACCCUGGAGUAUAUGCCCUUAUUGCAGCGGGUUCCACGAUGUGCGGCGUGACUAGACUGUCUGUGACCCUAGUUGUGAUUUUGUUUGAAUUAACCGGUAGCCUUGAUCACGUACUUCCGUUCUCUCUUGCGAUUUUAUGUGCGAAAUGGACGGCGAACGCAAUGGAGCCUCUGAGUAUCUACGACCUCCUAACGGACAUGAACUCUUAUCCCUAUCUCGAUAACAACCUAAAUCCGAUUACCGACGCCGAACUCGGUGAAAUCGUGCCUUCUGUUCGAAAAUCCCGUAUUAUUGAUAUUACCGAGUCUCCUCUCGUUCCUGCCUCGGAGCUUCGUACAAAACUCGAUAUCCUCCUCCGUGGUGGGGAGUUGGAUAGUGGUCUUCCUAUCCUACGUGAUAGCAUUCUUGUCGGGUUUAUCCCUGCUCCCGAGCUUGAAUUCGCGCUUGAUAAACUAGAAACAGAAGAUGCGAUGUGCUUGAUGUCAAUGCACUCAACAUGGGCUGGCUGGAGCAGUGUCGAAGAGCAGGAGGGAUUCGAACCGACGGAUUUUACGCCUUACAUUGACCCGUCCCCUGUGGCACUGGAUGUUCAUUCCCCGAUCAACCUUGUUUAUCAAUGCUUUGUGAAACUAGGCCUACGAUACAUGUGUGUACUCCGUGACGGAAAAUAUGCUGGCCUGGUUCACAAAAAAUGGUUCGUGAAAUUUAUGAAAGAAACCCACAAGUCCGAAGAAGCAUGAGCUGCUUGGUAGCUCUGUCAGAGGUAAAACACGUGUUCGCAGAAAGAGAGCGAGCGAGUGCAAGUACCUGGCUUUGGAUGUUCUUUUGUCAAUAAUAUUUCCUGUUGAUAUGUUUGGUCCGCACCAGAAGUCCUUGUUUUCCCUUUUGGUGUGGUUCUUUUCUAGAAUGCUAAGCUGGAUAGCUGGCGCGUUUGUCUGAUAUCCUUAUGGGCACCUAGAGAUUAGUGUUAUAGCUUCUCUGUUCAUUCCUUUUUUUUUCUUGGUUUACAUACAGAUACAGGGCGAGCAUGGCAAGAUAGUGGCCUUAUAGAUACCUUCACAACUUGGUCUGAGACUUUAUCGGUCUUGUGAAGUAGAUAAAAUCUACUAGGAGUCAUAACAUUAUAUGUUAGCUCCAUCUAUGCUGAGUUCACUUGAC